GUAAAUAAGCAGUUGCAGGUGAAUGAAGAUAGGAUAAAUGGGCGAUUACUGACGUGAAAAUUCGAAAAAUGGAGGUGAAAACAAGCUCAUAUUUCAUCGGUAUCUUCUUGGCCGUCCUUCACCCUCAUCUUAUCCAGGCACUCACCAUCCUCUCGGGAGUCAACUUUCAACAUCCUAUCCUAAGGACAGACUACUUUGAUGAGUACACACUUGAUUCUACUGAUCCAAUCAUCUUUCGACCAUCCCUGGUCAGUAAACCUAGUCUACCAAGCUGGCUGAAGUUUAUCCAGCCAGCUGACCGCUCUGAUGGGUACCUGUAUGGAACACCUCAAGGGUCUAACAUUGGACAAUUUAAUCUCGAGAUCAUAGGACUCAACUCCAGAACGUAUGAGAGCGCAAGAAAACUUGUUCCGAUGACUGUAGAAGAAAAUACAGGUUCCUCUUCUAAGUACCAGGCAGAUUUCUUCAUCACCAACCUGAACCUAGCCGACAUUCUAGACACUGAGAAACAAGAUGACUUCAGGUCAGGGGUCAAUGCAUUCUGGGGUCAAGGGUCACAGGUCACCAUUCAGUCGCUGACCUCCGCGCAGGACCUAGGACUAAGAGUACCACUCAAUCCGCAGCCGGACCAGAAGUAUGGGGUAAGAAUCACCAUUGGUGCGCGACAAGAAUCAGAGACUCUAGCCAAGGUGAUAUCAGAUGCUGUCGGUCCCUGCCAGCAAGAUAGUACAUACACCCCUACUGACAUCAAUGGAUUCUUCCAGCCUGCAUUUACUAUUGACUGGUGCAAUGUUUCCAUGAUGGAAGUAAGUCCAACCCAGCUCCAGAACGAGUCGACUCCUGUCUUCUUAGGAGGGAUGUAUGAACCCCCUAUCAUGCAAGUGGAAGAUUCCGAUCGUUUCCUUGAGUUCCUACUACUGGUAGUGGUUCCCUGUGCUAUCAUGUUCUGUUCCAUUCUGGUUUUAGGGUACCUGAUGUGCUGCGGGCGGAGUGGACGGAAAGAAGUUGCCAGUACAUCUGAUUGCUUCAUAUUUGGCACAAGACUGCAGCUGACCCAUCAUAGGACGUUACGUCAGGCGUGUCGCGACCUCCGUACGAUGUCAAACCGACGUGAUGGUACUGCUUCCGUAGCGACGCUUACUCCAAUCGGCACUCCAACUGUCGGAAGUCAAAGGUCGCACUCUCGUUCUAGAGGAUAUGAUGAGUACCCAUGGGCCAGCAGCACCCCUCAAGUUAACCAUCGUGGUAUGGCUACCCCACCCCCCUACAGGACACCGCCCCACCCUCACAAACAUCGUGAGACAAGCUUCAGUAAUCAAGCAUCGGACAAGAGACGAUUAUCUGAACCUUCCAACGCCCGAGGUGGAGAGUCACCAUCAAUGCGUCCUGUACCACCUUUCAUGGGUAGCACCACAUCAGAUCGAGUACGCCCAAGACAUGUGUGAAAGGGUCUUCACUGUUGCACUAUCAAGAGAUGCACUUUAAGGGGUCAUUCACACUGCAUAUAGUACUGAUAUGAUCUAAUUGCAACUCCAUUAAUUUGGUGGUACUGUGAAAAACAGUUUUGGAAGGUCCUAACUUUUGCAGAGCAAUUAAUGUUGUAUAGUUGUUUGUUCACUAUUUCUAUUUAAUACGCCAUUGAGUGAGAAUAUAUGAAUUUUGAAAAAGCACAAAACAUAGUACAAUAGACUCUUCUUCUUCUUCUGUACAUGUCAACAGACUUGUUAGUCCAUAUAAAUACAUGGAAACAAAGCACAUGGUAAUGGAAUAUUGACUCACUAGACUGUAUACAGAACAUCAA